AUGGAAGUUCCCGUGGGCUUCCUCGCUAAGCUCUGGAGCUUCGUAUCGUUCCUCCCUUUCUUCCUCCUCCUCCUCACCCUAGGUGUCGCCAAAGGUAAUCCGCUGUGUAAGAUCUUGAGGAACAUUUUGAUUAUUGUAGAAAUAUGGUAAUGCUUGGGAUUUGUCGCGUUUCUAGUAAUCUUGAAACAUGGACUUCGAGAAACUAUCCAUCCGCAGAUGAUCUUCAACUAGAAGUCGGAAAAUGUGGCGGUCCCUAAGCACAGCUCAUUGAACAAUCACAAGAUUUUCUUCACAUAAACCCUCUUUCCCUUUGCAGCAGCAAUUGUUGGACCCAUUGCAGCAGCGAUUGUCGUCGUUGGGAAUUCUUCCGUUAUCAUUGGUCUCUGGCCCGCACAUUUCAUCUGGACCUACUUCUGCAUCGGAAAGUAUGUCUCUGGCUCCUUUCUGAUAGCAGUUCUUGAAAACCAUGUAUCCCCUUGUUGUAUGAGCGAGCGCCUCAUGUGCGCUUCUUCUGAUGAUUAUUGUGACAGCUCUGCUGCUCCUCUUCCUCUGUCAGGGCCAAGAGACUUGGACCAGUCUUGAAGCUGGUCACCCUGCUUCUUUUGCCAAUCCCAGUUGUACUGUUGCCAGUUCUUGCCAUAUUAGGGAGCCUAACGUUCGGACUAGGCUAUGGAUACUGUGCCCCUUUGAUUGCAACUUUUGAGGCUGUCGGCGAGGAGGUUGCUGACAAGCUUUACCACUGUUUCGCUGUAAGCUUCAUCCCUCACAGCGCGCUUCCUUGAAUCUCUUCCAAGUGGUCGUAUCUUCCCUUGUGAUCAUAGGCAAAGGAGAUUUUUAAGUGAGCGAGAGUGAUACUGCUGCUUGUUGUUCAGGUGACGUGAAUGAUGAUAAUUUCAUGUGAACAACAGGAUGGGUGCCAAAGCACAGUCAAGGGAGCCUGCACAGUGGUCAGGGAUUGCACAGAUUUUUGCUUCCACUCUUAUUUCUCUUACAUGGAUGACCUCAGAGAGAGGGCGCUUGGGGGUGACAAGCCCAUUGAUAUUGAGUAAGGAUCUUUCUCGUGUUACUUUUAUAUUUUUCUGAUUUGAUUUUGCCAUUCUAUCUAGAAAAGGGAUAUCUGUUCUCCCCUCUGUCUUAGUAUUCUUCGACUGCCAUUGAAACAUUUCUGAGACCAGUUUUUCCCUUUUAUAGCACUGGUUUUUGCUUUGAAUGUGCCCUUUUUUGUGCUCAGAUGACGAUCUUUUUCCCUCCCUGUCUUUUAACGACUGAGUGCGAAGAAGGAAAUUGACCUGAUUUUCAUGUUAGGAUGCAAUUUCCUGUAUGAAUGGGUGGGGAAUUACAAUGGGCCCACAGUGUAGAUCGUCAUGAAGAACACAUUGAUUCGUUCAGACCAUUUUAUUUUAUUUUCUUUUAGGAAUCUGUGAAGGUUUAUUCAGUUUUUCUUAUGUUCUUAUUGUGUGUAAAUCUCUUUCUCUCUCUUCCGAUUGAUAUCUGGCUUGUUUUCUUGCUUGGAAUAGCAAUAACACAAUUUAGGAAUCUGUGAAGGUUUAUUCCGAUUGAUAUGUGCCCUGAUUCAAUUCUCUGUGACUUGUUUUCUUGUUUGUAUAUCCAUCAGGUUUUUUGGGUUUUUUGGGUUUUUUGGGUUUUUUUUUUUGGGGCAUUUCUAACCAUCUACAAGACAGUUCUUGUUGAAGCUGUGGAAAUUAUUUGAUUUAUAUUGAUUUCAAGGAACAUUUACUAAAUGCAGCUGGCAAUGACCCACUUGCUCAUAUUUGUCCCAUAUUACGUGAUCUUCAAGAUCUCCCAAAAUUGCCAUUGUCGGACAGCAUAAGAUCAAGAACUGUAAUUUAUUUUAAAGAACAGAGAAAGAAAAAAAAAAAAAGAAGACAGUUACCCGUUUCUUGUGUUCUCCUCCAUAAUCCGCAUCAUCUGUGCACAUCAAUUCUGCCCGAGUCGCUUAAUAUUAUAUUAAUCAUGAAACUUGGCCAUAUUAUUAUUUUUCACAUCUAAUGGACUCUUUUGCUGCUUUCAUCUCGAAGUCUCCUGAGGCUUCCGGGAUGCAUGCUGGUCUGUGCACUCUCCAUCGUCAUAGAUGUGCCCAUGAUAGCGGCCUUAGCCCUGCUGAAGAGCCCGUACAUGCUGCUGAAAGGAUGGCAGAGGCUGAUUCAGGACCUGAUCGGCAGGGAAGGGCCUUUCUUGGAGACAGUGUGCGUCCCUUUUGCCGGUCUGGCCAUCAUCCUAUGGCCAAUAGCGGUGAUCGGAGCAGUGAUAUGCGCCUUCUUCUGCAGCUUCUUUCUGGCCACUUACAGUGCCGUUGUAGCCUACCAGGUUAGUAGUCCCGUGCAUUCAUUAAUGAAGAGUGAUGGUAGCUGACUUCUGCAAUGUGAUUACCAAAAAUAGGAGGAUUCGGUUCAGAUGGGUCUUGCUUACAUCGUAUCAGUCAUUUCAAUGUUUGAUGAGUACUCGAACGAUCUGCUCUACCUGAGAGAGGGCUCCUAUCUCCCAAGGUAUCACCUGGAUUUAGCCCACUUAAGCUUCAUGAAAAGUAUAAAGAAGGAUGCUCCUGUUCUUGAGUGAGACUCGGAUAUGAUUCCUACUGUUGAUGGUUUGGCAGCCAGGCCUGUAUACCGGAAGGAGAAAGAUAACCAGAAAGCUGAUCAAGAUAGGAGCAUGAAAUCUGGAUCAAAGCGCGGGAAGCUGGUCUCUGAACAAUCUUUAACACUCAGGAGGGCUUUCCAACAGCUAAAACCGAUUCAGGUGAGGAUUGCAUGGGCUGGUGAUUUGUUGCGUUCUUUUUUCGAUCUCCCAUUGUUGCUAUUAAGGGUAAUUUACCCCCCCCCCCCCCUUCCCCACACACGCACACCCAGAUAUGGGAUUGGCUCUUCAGGUCCUGUGAACAGAAUGGAAGGAUGCUGGUUCGAGAUGGUCUGAUCGAUGCAUCAGAUAUUGCAGAUUGCAUUCUCAAGGGAAGAUGCGAGAAACUGACCAUAAAGCUGCCUGCUUGGUGUAUUCUCCAGUGUCUGCUCCGAUCAGCAGAGUUGGAUUCCUAUGGAUUGUUGAUCAGUAUGGUUUAAAUUCUUCUUGCUGCCUCUUUCAACCCCCUGGAAAAAAAUCAUAAACUUUCGGCGUCAGCUCUUCUGUUCUUCUGCAGCCGAUGACCUGGAACUGACAGAUUUCAACUGGCCAAAGGAUAAAGUCCUGGGGUGGUUUCUCGAGCCGCUGCUAAUCAUGAAGGAACAGAUAAAAGGGCUCCAAUUGAGCGAGGACGAAGCAGCCUGCCUCAGAAAGUUGAUCAUGGUUUACAACAGCGGGAAGCCAGAUGAUUGGAAUGGAAGUGGUUUCCCAUCUGAUGAUAAUGUCCGCAGAGCCCAGAUACAGGCUAUUUUAAGAAGGCAAGUUCAUCGGUCGUUGCACAAUUUCUGAUCCAUUUCAGAAUUUUACAAGGAAUCAUUGGUUUUAGAUUCAACUAGAAAACUGGAAAUCAUCUUACCAGAUAUAUGUCCAAACCGGAGGCCUGCAGUCAUCGCCCUUUUUCUUGCAUGCUGGCCGGAUCUUUGGUAGAUUAUAUCUGUCGAUCAAAUUUGGCCAUUGGAUUGAUCCUUUCCUCUUUCACAGGUUGCAGGGGAUCGUUUCAUCUCUGUCCCGACUCCCAACUUUCAGGAGGCGCUUCCUGAAUCUGACCAAAAUUCUGUAUUUGGAAACCCUGGAAGCUGGAGCACUGAGCCGGGAAGGAGGGAGCCCGGCGUCCUCGUCAGUAAAGAGCAGUGAAGGUGUGCCGAGAGUUUCAGAUAUACAGGCUGCCGACAACAUAGUGUAG